CUCACACCUGGGCGGCAGUACACCAUCACCGUGACAACCAGGAGCGGGAAACUGAACACGUCUGUGUCUUUGGAGGGAAGGACAGUUCCCAUGGCGCUCGAUGCCAUCUCUCUGACGAGCGCUGGGGUCAGCAGCCUCCAGGCAUCAUGGGAAAAACCACCAGGAGACGUGGACUCGUUCACACUGACUCUGCUGCAGGACAGCGCCGUGGUUCAGAACUACAGCGUCCCCGUCGGUUCUUCUUCUCUGCUGCUGGCUGGUUUGACUCCCGGCGCCCUCUACAGGCUGCAGGCCGUCACCGUCAGCGGGGGGCUGCAGUCCAAAAGCACCAGUGUGGAGGGACGCACCAGUGAGUUACUCUGA